UGGUAACGUCAUUCCGGGUUAUCGGUAUCCACCCUCGGAAGUUUUCUCCAGAUCGUCGAUAAUCAGCGAGCGUGAUUAAGGUUAUGAUGGCGCUUUGUCUGCUGACCUGAGAUCUAGACACAGCCAGUCAAGCAACACAUAUCUCUCGGGAUAGUAUGUUCGACCGUGUCUUGAUCAGCCUCGGCGUCCCAGUCAUCGAUUAGGCUCGAGACCAGCGUCACGGGUCUAGUCAUCGAUGACGCAUAUGUUCAAACUCGGACUCAGGUACUAUCAGUGAGGGCGAGACCUAGCUCCGACGGUCUUUCCAGGGAAUCAAGAUAGAAGACUUGUAUUCUUUUAGCCGUUCCAUUUUCUAUUUACGUUUAGUACUGAUUUCAUUUCAGUUCAGACUGACUAUCCGGACACUGCUAUCGGACGAUGGCUGCGUUUAUAUCCAACAAACACUCACAGGAAUUAUCAUAGCUCGCCUUGUAACACAAUCAUGGUUUCUCCGAUUCCAGCUGGCAAUGCUCAGCCACACAUGCAGACAAGCACACGUACCCCUCUGAAUCAUUUCAACGCACUCACGACUGCAUGCAUCCUUCUCGAACAUAUACAAACUCUCGAGCGACUCCGUGACGAGACACAACACCGCGUGGAAGCUAAAAGACAGAAGCUGCACUUUCUGGAGGCGUUCACUCCGAAUCGGAGGCUUCGAGAUGCUUUGUCCGAGUCCAUCGUCAUAAAGCAACACAUGCGCGACACCACCCCCACACGUAGCAGUCAUUUCCCGUCACCUCGCCUUCGCGGGCUAUACGACGUUCAUGGUCCCGGAUGCAUCAACCAGAACUCUCUACAAACCACAGCUGACUUCUCCCCGCUCAGUCUCGUCGGUCUUUCGAUCUACGGGAGCGAUCAUGAAGUAGUUUUCGAACAUGACGACGACGAAGCUUUGUUGUGUCCAUCCGCCGAUGAAGCUGUCGAGGAUUAUGCGGAAAACACAGAUAGCUCCAAAGAAUACUGUGACCAGCUCAACUGCCUCACCUCUCCUUUCCAGCUUGUUCCUUCCUCGUCCGGGAUUACCUUCAAAGCCCAAGGUUGCCCGCUAGUACCCGAUUCCACCAACAAUUUACUGAUUAUGUUUGCUAGAACCUGAUCGGGUUUCUCCACCAGGGCAAGCAUCGCACAGGUACCGAUCCAUCGCUCACAGCAAGAAGUCCCUACCUGGCGUGAAGGGCAAAGGGCUCAUACGCCGUGGAUCUUCUAAACGUACCAGCGCCGGACAAUCCAGGGCAAAGAG